GCAAGGCAGACGCACUUGUCGUCGUUGCUGUGAUGUGAUGCGUUCAUCAGACGAGAGUGGAGGCUGUGUAGUUGUUACUGUAAUGAGAACUUUAAUAAUUUGUGAGAACUUCUAGUAAAAUUUGCUUUAAUGCAAUAUAUGCUGCCGCUUAGCGGUGGUAAUUCAUACUAGUCGCCUGUCACAACUAUUUAAUUUUUCGUUCACUUUGAAUAACAAAAACAAAAAUGAGAUUGACAAGAAGAGUAUUUAAAAACAUGAGUAGCAUAGCUAGUAUGCUUGACUACUAUUCACAGUUCAACCCGUCGCCGCUUUCAAUUAAACAGUUCAUUGACUUCGGACUGAGUGCUUGCCAAGAGAAAAGCUUUAUCUUUUUGAGGAAGGAACUGCCAGUGAGGCUGGCAAAUAUAAUGAAGGAAAUUCACCUUCUGCCGGACAAAUUGCUGAAGACGCCUUCAGUAAACCUCGUAAAUAACUGGUACCUGAUGAGCUUCGAGGAAAUUUUGCAUUUUGAAAAAGCCGACGUGAGUCCUGCAGUGCUAGAAAGGUUCUGCCAGGCGCUGAUCAAGAUUCGAAAUAGACAUACGGACGUGGUCCAGACGAUGGCACAAGGGGUCCUUGAGCUGAAGGAGUCGCACGCGGUGGACCAGGCAACGGAGAACAGCAUCCAGUACUUCUUGGACAGGUUCUACAUGUCCAGGAUCAGCAUCCGAAUGCUCAUAAACCAGCACACUCUACUGUUUGGUGGCCAACUUGAUGGUCAACUGAAUAGUCGCCAUAUUGGUUGCAUUGACCCACAGUGUGAUCCAGUCAGUGUGGUUCAAGAUGCUUAUGAACAUGCUCGAUUCCUCUGUGACCAAUAUUAUUUUGCUUCACCUGAGCUUAUCAUUCAUCAACAUAACGCUCUUGAGAUGAAUGCUCCCAUAAGAAUCAUCUAUGUCCCAUCACAUCUUUUCCACAUGCUGUUUGAGCUCUUCAAGAAUUCAAUGAGAGCAAUCAUGGAAUUCCAUGGAAAUAGUGAAAACUAUCCACCCAUAGAGGUCAACAUUGUGCUUGGGAGAGAAGAUGUGUGUGUGAAGGUUUCAGACAAAGGUGGUGGAAUUCCCCGAAGUGCAACUGAUCAGUUGUUUCAUUACAUGUACUCCACAGCUCCACAGCCACCCAAAUCUGAUGCUCACACUGUACCCCUUGCAGGUUACGGUUAUGGUCUCCCAAUUUCUCGUCUGUAUGCGAGGUAUUUCCAUGGGGAUUUGAUGCUGCUUUCCUGUGAUGGAUAUGGAACAGACACUAUAAUUUACAUGAAGGCACUCUCCAAUGAGGCAAAUGAAUUGCUUCCAAUUUUCAACAAGACAUCAACAAAAUAUUAUCGCACAUCGAUCCCUACGGGAGAUUGGAGCAACUGUUCCAACAUUCGGCAUUUGACGAUGAAUCGAUUACGAAGCUAGCCAAUGCUGCAUGGUUGAUUUCAUUUGAACUACUCCUGUCUAAGCUUUUAAAAUUAAAAAUGGAAGUGGAUCCAUUUCUGGAUGAAGACUUCUUGAAUUUCUAGAAGAGACAGAUCUUCCAUUAUGGGUGAAAUUCCAAGAAAAGACUUUAUCCUCAACUGUUUAUUUGUCAUCAUUUAUUGGGAAUAACAAUAUUGUUUAUAAUUGUGUGUAUAUUUGCAGGUGAUAAGCAGACAUAAAGAACCUUUUUUUUGUAUAGAGGCAAUGGAGAGCAAGAGAAUAAGACUGCAGAUAGAAAUAAUCAACUGAAGUUUAUUUGAAACAGGGGUAAAUAUUGUAUUUUCAGCACAGAGCUGCACACGUGUAACUGGUAGUUUUGCCAGUCUUUUAAGUUUAUUGUGUACAGUAUGAUUGUAGUAUGUUUUAAGGACUUCUUUAGUCUAUCAGUAACUAGAUCAAUGUGUGUGCAAUAUACAUCUAACAUUAAAUGUAAAUGUUAUAGAUUAUGUUCAGAUUUUAUGCUUAACAGGCAUAUUUCUUUGGGUAAAACUACACAGAAAGAUGUUAGUAAUCAAGCUCCUUAUGGGUGAUAAAUGAAAAGCUGAGAGCUUUCUUCACCUUUUACUGUUGUUCUUGUGCCUGUUGUUUGUGCUGUGACUGCAGUUGUUAUUUUAUGGUAUGAUGUAAGUUUUUGCAUUUACCAUGGCUUUCCUAUCUCCCUUUUCUGUUUACCUACGCAAAUUUUACAAUAAGAUGUCAUGUCUUAGAACAGAACCUACCAUUUUUAAAGUGUUUUACAUGUUGGAUUUCAAUAAUAUACCUAUUUACAUUCCAACAGUACAAAAUAUGUCAUUUUUAACUUACUAAUUCACAUAACAUUAUUGAUUAAGGUGUGAUUCUUUCUCAGGAUUGUGUCUUUACAUGCAGUGUACUGUUUCAAUUAGAUUAUUGUUGUUGUAUAUCACAUUUUAAAUUGUGUUGAAUAUUAAGUUAUUGUAUACAUAGACUGGAUAAUAAAUAAUUAUUUUCAUUAGAAGGGACAGAGAACUCAAAUCAUGAGAUGAAAUGACAGCCUAUAAUCAUAUUAUGAGUAAUUAUUGAGAACAGCAGUUGUUGAAACUGAAUUGUUCUCAAUAUCUCAAAAUUCUUGUUUGAUCCAAUAUUAACUGCAACAAUGUUUACUCCUCCCCAUCUUUCUCUGUAUCUGUUUUAUGUAUUAGCAGUGAAGUGUAGUAGAGGACAAAAUAGUCUUUUAUUAAAAGUUACUCAUUUCAGGGAGCAGCACUCUGUUUUGGAAGUCAGUUUCAAUCAUAUAAUAGUGCACUAUGAUGGUGCAGUCAACUCAAUUUUUAGUUACUUCUCAACUUUAAUGCUUUAGUCACUCACAUGCAGAGAACAUGGAUUUUGUCAUUUCUGUAACUCCACUUUUAAUUCUUCUAACUCACUAGAGAUAUUUAGAUAGACCGAAAGCUUAUCCUUGCUCUCAGCAUCAGAAACUGUCUCAUGAGGAGUAGAAAAUAAAACUUGUUUGAGAUAAGCUUUCAGCAUUAGAACUGAAUUUUUGCAUUGAGACUUUAAGGGGGAAAAAUUGAGGGUUGAGGAAGAGAAGUGUUCCUUAUUUGCCCUUUCAGUUCUGACACAAAGAGAAGAAAAAAAGGAAAACAACCAUCCAUUCUAGAAGCAUGAUGUCAAUAGUUUUAUACUCCAUCCCAUCACAGUUUCAGCUGCUGAUUUCUGUUGCCUUUUUUCCCCUAUUUCAGCAUAAGUUUCAGUUUUCUAUUUUGACUUCCUUGUUUCAGUGUCAUAUUCUCUGCUUUUAAUUUUUCUUUGGAAACUGUAUCUUAACAAAGAUGUUUUUAUAUAUGUCUCUCCUAAAAAUGUAAUAGACUGCUUGACUAGUUGAAGUACCUGUGUAUUUUUAACAUAAAAGCAAUAGCUUAUUGUUUUUAAGAUGACCUUUCUGCUGUGAAAUUAAAUACAAUUAAAAUAGCAGGGAAAUUUGUAUUGUAUGUUACAUAUUAAAACCAUUUGCUGGACCAGGACUUGAAACUGUGUCCCUGUAGGCAGUAUGCUAUGAUAAGCAGGCAUGAUUUUUUUUUCAAUGUGGAAUGACUGAUGUUAGAGCUUUGUACUUUAUUUUGGUCAGUCAUUCCAUUAAGCAUUUUAUUUUCUUUUGCUAAUGCACAUAGGUGAUUCAGAUUAGUUAAAAACAUAUCAGUGUUGAUGAACUGCUGAUUUCUUUUUCCUGUGAGCUUACAGACAUGUUAAAAUUCAGCCACAUCCACUGCCAUACAAUUUUAUAUACAAUGGUUUUUUGAUAUAUUACACCUGGAUGCCUGUGAGAAUAUAGUAUUAUUAACCAUGAAAAAUUCAGGUUUAUUUAUUGUCUGUUGUUAAGAAACAUGUAGUAU